AACCCAAGAAUGUCCAGUUGCCUUCUGGAAAAAAAACACCUUUGGGACAACCAUGACCUGGAUGAUUGAGAAUCUCCAUAAACACUUAAAAGGGCCUUCUUAGUCCAGCAUGUUGUUUUUCUCAAUGGCCAACCAGAUUCUUUUGGGCUGCUCCCAAAGAGAGGAUGUAGAUCUCUGCCUCUCCUGAACUUAUUUUAAAUUCCUCUAGGAAUUUAAUCAACCUCCUUUUAAAUCUACCCCAGUUAAUAGCUCUCGCCACAUCUUCUGGGGAAUAAAUUCCACUAGGUGCUAAAAAUUUCCAUUGGAGCUUCUAUCACAGGUAACAUCAACAAGUCGGCGUGCUUUAUCCAACUCCCCAAUGACCGAGGAGUCUCAAUGUUAGAAAAAGAAAUAGAAUUAGUUCUAGUUUAUCUCCUAGCUUUUUAUCUAGUUAUUCAGUCCACAAAGAAAUUCAGGGUGUAGGAAGAGUUUAAGGAAAAGCCUGUUGAAACUUUGCCACAAAGCAUCUCUCUCUCUCUCUCUCAAUCUCUCUCUCUCUCUCUCUCCCUCUCUCUCUCUCUCUCUCUCUCUCUCUCUCUCCUUCUGAUGAAACAUAGCUGCAUGCAGAGAGAGAAAUCUGUUUGUCUCUCUACUUCUAAAGAAAGGAAAGAGGAGAAGCAGUGGAUGAAAUCAGCUCUCAAGUCAGCUGUCCACAAGGCAGAUGGAUCUGUCGCCAUUCCUUUGCCUCUGAAGGAGAAUGUGCAGCCCAGCUGGAGAAGUGAGACAGCUAAAGGAGAAGCAGUGUCCAUUUGUGUCUAUCACGCUGCAAAGCACAAACGUUCAGAAGGAACUCUACUUCAGCUGUGCUCUCUCCGGAAAGUCAAAUUUUCUGGAUCUAGUAGCUCAACAGCAAAGAUCUGACCAGUCUGGACGAGAAGUGUCUCCAGAAGAUACCUCCCUAAUAGUUCCCAGGUAGGGUCCUUCAGCAGUGAAACCUUUUCGGAUUCCAUCCAGCAGCGAAAGAACAAGCAAAGCCUUGGGAGAAGAUGAAAGAGUUUUCCUAUGCAACAUAAAGAUUUAUAGUGCCCCCCAAAAUUGAUCUCAUACUCCAAUGUAUGAAUUCAACAAGAACUCCUUUUUGGGACUGUGUAAAAAAGUAGCAACGUGUUUAUGAGUGAGUGGAGGAGAAUGGACAAGGCCUGAGUAAGCAAUGACUGAACUUGUUUUUAGACACCAUGGAAAUCUUACUGGCCGUGCUCACCCACACCCAACAUUGGCUACAGAAGCAGCAACUGCAGAUAAAUAUUCUAACUUGUAUAUGUACGUGGGGCUGUUCCUGACCCUGCUAGCCAUCCUGCUCAUUCUUCUGUUCACGAUGCUCCUCCGUUUAAAGCACGUUAUAUCUCCCAUCACCACAUCUCCAGAGAGAACGGAGAACACCCAGGCAUUCACAGAUGUGGAAAUGCAUACCAGGAUUCCCAGCCCUUAAAAAAAAUGGGACAUAACAGGUUGCACAGAAAGGACAUGUGAAGAUGCAUCUUUUGGUUCACUGGAUGAAAUGUGGGGAUGUUGUCCACCGUUGGCCCAGCUGAAAACUGUCCAGGCAACUCAGGCUUCGGGACAGCUGAAGGCUGCAAGGCUGCAAUGGGCAGAAGCAGGACCUUGGGAGACAAUUAUGGAAGCAAAGAAUAGACACAGGUUUGUGAGUUCAGGACCACAGACAGCAACCAAAGAAUACAUUCCUUGAUCCAGUUCUGGCCCAAAGCAAUUUACAGCUUUUUAUAGUCUGUCUUAGAUUUAUUUUAGCAGCUCUGCCUCUUUAAGGCUUGAAUCAUAUUUUCAAAGGAUCAUCACCAUCAUCUUAAGUUGGGAGGGAGGGGCUAUAGUUUUGCAUUUGGAACUGCAUGCCCAAGAAAAGAAGGAUUUGAACAUGUUUGCCAAAGACAAAUAAAAAGAAAGAUUAAGAUUAAGGUAACUAUUCCAUGGAAUAGAAUAGAGCUGGAAGGACCUUGGAGGUCUUCUAGUCCAGCCCCCUGCUCAAGCAAGAGAACCUAUACCAUCUCAGACAAGUGACUGUCCAGUCUCUUCUUAAGAAGGAAAGAAGAGUGAAAGUCACAAUUCUAUAAUUUUGUUUUUUUUCUUUUUUUUUCUUAUCUUUCCUUUGACUUUUUAAAAUAAGAUCUUCUGGAGGCCUAGAUCAACCUAAAGUUGCCCUCCAGCCUCCCAAAGCAGCAGGAUUGCUUUGGGAUUCAUGGAAGGAGUCACAGGAUGUGGAGAAUCUCACCUAAAAAAAAAAUGGGUUAUUAAAAAUUUCCACCAGGUUUUGCUUAUCCUUAGGAGUUGCACAGGCACCCGCUGUGAUGUUCCAUGCAACCGACACUCAUGCAUGCAAAUUUAUGCAAAUUGGUAAGACACCUUUACAUAACACUAAAAAAACAUCCCAAUACUAAGCAUUUUCACUUAUGUUUUCCAAGUCUGGGGCAGUUUAUAUUGGUUUCCUUGGUGAAUUUCUGGAUAUGCAUUUAUUAAAAGAUUAUAAUUUAUGGAUGAUGGAAUUCCUGCUUAAGCUUAA